UAUUAUUUUCCUGUGGUAUUAUCAAAAUAGUCCAAAAUAAUACUCCGAGAACGGUCUCAUAAUUCAAUCUAUUUCGAUAGAAUUCAAUUUAAAAGUGUUAAUUGAUUCCUUCCUCGUUGACAAGUUCGCAGUGGUUUCGAUAAACCGGAUCGUUUCGUGCAAAAUACCGAUCUCAAAUUAAUCUAGUUGUAAAUUUCGAACAUUCCCAUAUGUUUUAAUUUUCCAUUGUUAUUGCUCCCUGUCUGUACUAAAUCCUAAUCGGUUGAUAUUCGUCGUACGUCGUCGUUCGUUGACCUCGACAUUUAAAACUGAAAAUUCGCGUUUAAAUUGACCAAAAAAUAAUUAUAAUUGGGUCAUCGAUGUAAUUUGGUGCUGAUAAUUCUCGUCUGUUGAUAUCAAACUCGAGUAUUUUGCAACUUGGAACCGACGUACUUCAAAACGAUGUCUUCGGCUAAAAGAAAAUCUUGGUGUACCAGACGUAGAACUAGAUCUGUCGGAAGUAUGCCUUUCGCGUGGCAAGCUCAGCAUUUACGUUUACAAACCCAAAGCGACGAGAUGUGUUCGAGCAGUACGUCGAAGGAUAAAGACUACUCUAACUUCUUUCAGAGUGAUUCGGACGAUGUUUGUAGUAGUACUCAUCAGAAUACAGCUUGCUUCUUCAACGUAUCGAAUAUCUCCGGUAACGGUGCUAAUAACAUAGAAUCGGAUUCGUUCAACGAGAAUUCACCUUGUCGUCGAUCUGCUAGAAGGAAACGUAAAUUUAAACGAAUCGCCAUCGAUACAGAAUCAUUCAACUCGAAUCGUUUGUAUUCUAAUUACAUGUCUCAUAAAUACAACAAGAAACUUCGAGUGAUGAGGCAUUCGUUGAACUGUCAAAAUAACAAAAUAUGGCUCAGUUCCGGUAAAAGGAAACGCAGCAUGAGAGAAAAAGUAUCAGUCUCGGUCGAUGGAGGCGAUUCUUCGGAUUUGGGCAGAGAAGCUAAAGUUCUAGCUUUGAGUAAGCUUUCAUUAAACGACUACCCUGACGAACAGUACGGUACUAUGGAAGUAUCUUACAAUAUGGGCGGAGUCAGUUCCAGUAGUAUUAGCUCUUCUGGAAGUGAAGCGGGCAUAUUCACGAAUGACGAAGGAAGAGAAGGUGACGACGAACAAAGUGAUUGGGUAGGUGACAUUGGAAUAGCUGCAGGGAGUUCGUUCGAUCAUGAAAAUGCAGAUUCCGAGACCGAUAACAAGAUGUAUACUAUUUAUCAAAAAUUCCUUCUUGGAAAUUUCGAACAGCUUUCUUCUGAGGAAAAGAAACUCUGCAAAGUGUUUUCCGAUAAAGACGUUCGUGCUAGUCGUCGAAGGGGACGAUCGUUUAAACCGAAUUUCAACGUAGUUUUACCUUCAGACGAAAAAGAUUCGAAAUUCUUUCCAGAUAUGUUACAAGAUACAUACAGUAAGAAAAACGAAAUGGAAACAGAGAGUGGAAUGACUACGAGGAGGCACACAUUCAGUGGUUAUAAGAAAAAGAAACGUAUUCCCCAACCAUCUCAACUCCUUAUGGAUAAAAGUUUGGAUAAAAGUUCUCCUUUGACGCUUCCAACGAUACAUAAACUUUCAGAUAUCUCUUCAUCUGAUUCGAAGGAUUCCUUGCAGUAAAUUUAAGCGUAGUUAAUCUUAAUUUAUUCUGAUUUUUUUUUUCUUGAAAUUACUGUAUUUUUAUGAUUAAGUAUACAUAUUAUUAUAUCGAUAAUCGAACGAAUUCCUAAAAGCAGCUUUAUAAUGUAUUUUUUUGUUUGUUUUUUCGUUGUUUGAAAAUUCAGAUAUAACUCGAUGUUAUGUUCUUUGUGCUUUACUGCCUGAUUUUUUUUCUCUCGUGUGAUCUGAAUGGGAUUCGAAUUUGGUUAUUUUUUCCUUCUCAUCUUUAUGUGUUAUGUGUACGGAUAGUUUGUAUUUUCUGUCUACAGUUUGAAGGAAGUUAUUUGAUUCGAAUUCCGUUCAGUUUCAAAUUGGAAUUGGAACAUGAACAUACUUUAACUCGUAAUAUCUGUGAUUUUGUUUUACUAUAUUUUUUCCUCUCUUUAUCGUUAUUGGUAUUAUGAAAAGGAGUAACUGAAACCGAUAUGUAGAGACAGAUGUUUUACUGUUUUUCUUUUUUCAUGUCAACUUUUCGUAUAAAUAUUACAGUUCGCUGAAAAUGUUCAAUAGAUAUUUGAAGAAUUUGUAAAUUUUUCUGUAAUAACUUAUUACCUAAUUUAUUUACUUAUUAUUAAUUUAUUCGUUGGAUGAACAACUUUUUUUGUACGAGUUUCUAUUUAUAUACUACACGUGUUUAUAUUGGUCUUAUUUUACAGGAAUCAUUUUUAUUCUUAGAUGAUACGAAAAUACGCAUAAAUACCAUUCCAUUCCUUGAAUUUAUACUGUAUUUACAAAAUGAGGUCAAGUAUUUUUAUGUUGUUUUAAAUGUUCGUAUUGGUUGUUAUUACAGGAUAAAAUAAAUGUUCAUUUCGUGAGUUCA